AUGUCAGCAAUGGAGUCUUGUGUACCUGCACCACCCGUCACCGCGAAAUCCGACCUGGCGGAGAUCCAUGGAGGUCCCGCCACUGGAUUUGGACAGCUGCUCUGGCACAUGUUCCUUGCCACCGCUACAAAGUAUCCCGGGAGGGAUGCUAUUGUAGCCAUCAAUGAAGAGGCAGGCCUCCCUGAAACUAGUUCCGAAGCCCCAGUCCAGCGCUGGAGCUACCGAGAGCUCCUGUCCAAAGUCGAUGCCGUUGCCCACCGGCUUGGCCAUCUCAGCUGCGGCGGCAAUGGCAACACGCUGGUUGUCAUUACCAGAAAUAUUGCAGAAUGGGGCUUGUUCUUCUGGGUUGCUGCAAAACUCGGCAUGACAUUCAUUCCAUUGGAUCCCGGCGCCAAAGGCGACCUCUCCUUCCUGCUGUCCGCCUCCUCCCCCCAGCUGCUUUUCGUCGAAGACGAAGCGAUGGCUCAAGCAGUGGAGGACUGGGUCGUCCAAACCAAGAGCUCGGUUCAGGCCCAGAUAAUUCUCUCUGAUACUGCCAGAGCUGGCUGGCUAUCCCUCGUGCAGAUUGAGGCCGAAACGCACCGGCUAUGCCUGAAGAAGUGCCAGUUUGACGACCUACGAGCGAACAACACAGACAGCAACGCCCUCAUUAUAUUCACGAGCGGCACGACCGGAACGCCCAAGGCUUGCCUCCAUACCCACGACAAUCUGGUAUCCCAGACGCACGAUUACGACCCUAACCCGGAUCCUGAAUUCGUGGAUCGUUGGCUGAUUCACACUCCGGUGCAUCACAUCUUCGCCAUUAACAAUGCGCUGCGUGCCUGGCGCUUGGGCGGCGCCGUCAUCCUCCCGUCGCCGACCUUUAGCGUCCGGGCCAGCCUCGGCGCAGUCGUCCGCGAGCGGUGCACAAUCAUGUCUGCCACGCCGACCCUGAUCCGCGCCAUGCUGGCCGAGAGCAGCUGCCCCGACGUCAGCGAGUUCAACCUCUCCAUCAUAUCACUCGCGAGCACGGUGAUUUCCCCAGAGGACAUCCGGCUCUGCAAGCAAUCACUCGGCUGCCGCCACGCCAUCCAGGCAUACGGCAUGAGCGAGACCGGCCCGGUCGUCAGCUGGUCCAGGCAGGAGCCUCUCUUGGUAGACGGCUUCCACCCCGGCGUGGGCAAGGUCCUUCCUGGCGCAUCGAUUCGCGUCUGUCAACCCGGGACACGCGACAUUUUGUGUAUCGGCGACGUAGGAGAGCUUCACGUUUCAGGCUCCUCUGUCAUUGAUAGUUAUCUGGAUCCGGGAUCCAAUGGCAGCUUCUACGUGGAAGGCGAGCGUCGUUGGCUCGUCACGGGUGACCAAGCGCGGAUUGACGAGGACGGCGUCGUAUACAUCCUCGGCCGCUACAAGGACUUGAUCAUUCGCGGUGGGGAGAAGAUUGAUCCCGCUACAAUCGAGAGCGCAAUUUCGGCCUUGCCCAAAAUUGAAGUACAAGUCGUUGGUCAGGCAGACAAGAUUGCAGGUGAAGUCCCUGUGGCCAUAGUGAAACGAACCAAGGAUACCUCAAACAGUUCAAUUUUUGAAAAGGCGCGCAGUCUUGGCACCAAGUACACGCUUGGUGCCAUCUACGACCUCUCGCAGCUUGGCUAUGAGGAGAUGCCUGUCACGUCCCUCAAGAAACCCCGGAGACAACUUCUCAAGGCUGCUCUCACCAAGUUCAUUGAGGAGAGGGAGAAUCAGAAGGCGCGACAAGAACAGGACCAAGAUGUCACUCCCGAGCAAUCCGUCGUGGCAGAGAAACUUGCUGCUUUGCUGGAAGAGCUCUGUGGUGUGCGACCACAGCCGCGACAGAGCGUGGAUACAUUCACCGACAGCAUAUUGCUGCUGCAAUACUGCGAUCGAGUAUUUCGCUUCCUUCACGUUCCGUUGUAUCUGCAAGACUUGACUGAGAACAAGGACAUUCUCUCUCAGGCCGCACUAGUCCUUCAGAGGCGUUCUGGCAAACCUUUGAUACAUGCCAAGCCCCCUAUGGCUUCCUAUGGUGGCCAAAAUGUCCCUCGAGAGAGGCUUUCUCUCAAGGUUGACUGUCGUGUAGAGACUUGUUCGACUGUUGCGUCGGCGCUGCCUACUGGUGUAAUGCCAGAGUCGGUGAUGCCGCUUCGCGCCAGCCAAUACCGCCUGGUAGAAGGCCAGCGCCCGCAAUCUUACCACAUCCGCCUGGGCUAUCGCAUCCAGCAGCUAUCCGGCGCGCAAAUUAUGGAGAGGUUACAGAUUCUGGUAUCCAAGACACCAUUGCUCCGGUCCCUCCUGGUCAAGGAAGCAGCCGCAAGUUGGCAGCACGUCGUCUGUGGCGACAGUCUUGCCAGCAACCUCUUGCACAAGCGGGAUGCUCCGACGGAAGACGAGGCCAAACGCGGCCUCAUGCGGGAGUCUCUAUCCGCCCUGCAGCGUCCCUACGCGUUUCGCGCCGACCUCAUCCGCUGCCGCGACACCGACAGCCACGUUCUCGUCCUGCACUUCAACCACGCCAUCGUCGACGCCCUCUCUCUCUGGUCCACGCUGCGAAACCUCGACGACCUCCUACGGGACCCCGCCGCCCAGCUACCUGACGCGGUCCCGUACCGCCUCUGGGCCGAUCUGUGGCAGCAGAACCGCCGCAACGAGCUCGCGCGCGCCGCCGUCGCCCAUCUCGCAGGCCGUCUCCGCGGCAUCUCGCGCUUCCCGGGGGCUCUGUGGCCGCCGCAGCGCUCCGCCGGGUGGAUGGUCGGCGACGACAGCGGCGCGGCGUCGCAGCUCGUCGCCGCACGCACCACUGGCCGGGACGCGGUAUGGAACGGUGGCGGCGGCGGCAGCAGCAGUGCAUCGCCGUGGGCCGCCGACGAGUUUCGGUUCCCGCGACGCGGACGCAUCGUGCGGCUGCCGCACCUUUCCGCGCUGCGUGCCGCGCACGGCAUCGCGCCCGAGGUGCUGGCGCGGUGCGCGCUCGUGCUGCUCAACGUGGCGCAGACGCGCGCGCCGUACGCCGUCUUCGCGAGCUGGGAGGCGGCGCGCGCCUGGCCGUUUGUGCCCGCGUGGAUGCAGGCGCACCUCCCGCCGGCCAUGGCCGUCGACGGACCGACGACGCAGUGGCGGCUCAACAUGUACGCCGCGCCCGCGGCGGCGAGCGAGACGGUGCUGGCGUUUCUUCAGCGCAUGAGAGAUGACGAGGCCGCGCUCGCCGAGCACGGCCACGCCCCGUGGGACGACGUCAAGGCCGCGCUGGGCGACGACGAGGCCGGCGUCGCGGAGGACGCCUCAUUCCGGCAGGGCUUCGUGUGGGACAUGACGCUGGGCAUGUCGGCGCAGAGCAGCAGGCGUCACACAAGCUACAGCAUCUUGGAGCCCAUCAGUCGUCACGACUGGCCAGACUGUGGAAUCUUCUGGAACGCAUUCAUGGUUGAUCAGGAAAACAUGUACUUCAUUGCCUCGUGGGACACUGCGCAGUUGAACGGCGACGAGGUCGACGGCUAUUGUGAUUGUCUGGCCGAGAUGUUGAGGCAGCUGGCGAACACGAGCAACUGGAAUCGCCUGUUGAGGGAUGUGUUACCCCUCCUGUAA